AUGGAAGUCACGACCGACGAAUUUAAAGAAGAUACUUGCCCAAGCAUGAAGAAAUAUCUGUAUGUGGAGUAUAAAUGUAUCGAUAGGAGUGCUUUUAAGACAGAAAAUAUGAUUGGUAAGUUUUGGGUUUUAAUCGUUCCUAUACACACGGAAAUGUCUCCUUGUAUCAAGUUUGCCAACAAGUUGUGUUCGCACUGCUUGUCCCAAGUUGUCAAUAAGUAUGGAACAAGCUGUUAACAAGGUUGUUCCAAAAGUCUGAUACGUCAGUCAUCAAUAUAACAAUAUUUUUACAACCUUGUGUCGUCAACCUUGUAACAUUCUUGUUAUGUCAUGACUGUAUCAGACUUGUUAGAACAACCUUGUAUACAAGUCUGAUAAUGCCAUCAAGCUUGUUAUAAGUUGUUAACAGCGUGUUCCAAACUUGUUAACAACAACUGGGAACAAGCAGUGCGAACACAAUUGUAUUCCAACAACUUGUCAACAGGAUGUGUUCGCACUGCUUGUUCCCAGCUUGUUGACAACUUGCUACAAGGUUGUUGAGCUCAAUAAACUUGUUACAAGUUGCUCCAACAACUGGUUAUUGUCCUGCAAUUUAACAAUUUGUCAACAAGUUGUGAGUGACAACCUUGUAGCAACUUGAUAAAAUAACAGCAUUGUUACAACUUGUUGACAAGCUUGCUACAAGCCUGUUGCGAACACAUCUUGUUGACAAGUUGUGACAUUUUUACGUGCGUAGGAGAAUACGCGAUCGGUCUUUGCGUGUGUACACACGUAAAUAAAAACGCACAAGUUGUAACAGGUCUGCAAACAAGUUGUUACAAGUCUGUUCACAAACUGUCAACAAGUUGUGCUCGCACUGCUUGUUCCCAGUUUGUUGUAACAAGUUUGAAACAUUAAGUUGUUAACAACUUGUAACAAGCUUGAUGGCAUUAUCAGCCUUGUUACAAGAUUUUGCUAACAAGUUUGUUACAGCCAUGAUAUAACAAGGAUGUUACAAGGUUGUCAACACAAGGUUGUAACAAUCUUGUUAUAUCAAGCAUGUCACAGUCUUGUCAGAACAACCUUGCAACAAGUCUGAUAAUUUCGACAAGGUUGUUACAAGUUGUCAACAAGUUGUUCCAAACCUGUUGACAACUUGUGACAAGCAGUGCGAAUACAUCUUCUUAACAGCUUGUGAACAGACUUGUAACAAACUUGUGCGUUUUUACGUGUGUAUACAAACUUCGUCACGUUCAUGACUUCUUUUGUGUUGUUCAUGAAUUAUUAAUGAGACGUACAAGGUAUUUUACAUAGACAGUAAUGUUCAUUUUUAGUUAGGAAGAUACGACUGGCUUCCGAAUCCACACCCGGUCGAGGUUUUGUUGAAUUACUAGAAGAUAGCAAACCAAAUACUUGGCAACGUUUGUGUAUCAACAAUAUGAGGGACAUAGUGAAAGGCGUGAUUUGCCGAACACUUGGUUAUUCUGGUGUACAAGAGGAGCAGUCCAGUGUCGGUAGCGGUCAGGAGGAUGAAGGAAAUCUGGAAAUACCUGUCCUUCAUGGCAAUGUGUAUUGCAACAGCCAAGACAAUAACGUGUCUUCGUGUUGUCUGGAGAAAGUGAAUUCUGAAGAAAAUUCGUGUUCUACCAUGGCGCGCGUUUCAUGUGAGUAUUUUGAAUUCACACAAUUUCCGUAUGUCUAGACUAAUAUUUGAUCUGGACAAGAAAGGUGAAAUCUAUCAUUAUAGCUUAAAAGAACAUCCUUAAAUUAGUAAUAUUGCCAAAUUUGGUUGCAAAAUGUUGUAAAACACGGAAAAUAUAGUCCUGUGAAAUUAGCAAAUUUUGAGUAUUUUAGUAUUACGCGCGGAAAAAAGCACCACUUUUGGAGCCUGAAGUUGCAAAAUUUGCUAAUUUUACAUGGCUAUAUUUUCCGUAUUUUACAACAUUUCGCAACCAAACUUUGCAAUUCUACUAAUUUUAGGAUGCUCUUUUGAGCUAUAAUGAUAGAUUUCGUCUUUCUUGUUUAGAUAAAAAAUUAGUCGAUAGCUGGAAUCAUCCAUUGCUGGGGAGAUGGCGUUUCAAUUUCUUGCCUCCGUAAUGUCGACAUUUCCAAAGUUGACCAUUAUCAAUUAUACAAGUACGUAAAUCAUGAUUUAUUUAUUUCUAGGUGCAAUCUGUUCAGAACCAGUUCUGAGCAGCACACACGAUCCAGUUGUCGUAUACAGUGCCUCGAACUCCUUGCCUGGUUAUUCCGCUGAGCAAGCUGCAAUGUCGAGCGAUUCCACGUGGUGCGCACGUGAUUCACCUGAGUCACAUGACUACUUGAAGCUUGACCUUGGCGAGGCGUACGUCAUCACGCAAGUAGCGAUUUUGGGAGCUGUACCGCGAGGAAACUGGGUCACAGCAUACGAAAUGUUAUACUCUAAGGACGAGGCCGAUUGGUUACCUGGGAUUGCCAAUGCGCAAAAUGUAAGUCCAUAAGGUAAAUUAUGUACCCACGUAAAAACGCGCAAGUUGUUUAGCAGAUCUGCAAACAAGGUUGUUGACAAGCCGAUAUCAGGAUGUGUUCGCACCAGUGAACUAAGGUUCGCACUGCUUGUUCCCAGUUGUUGUGACAAGUCUGGAACAAGUUGUUAUCUUCUUGUUACAAGGUUGACGAGACCAACAGACUCGCAACAAGUUGUUCCAGCAAGUCUGAAACACGCGUAAAAGUCUCACAUCUUGUAUCAAGUCUGCCAACAAGCCGUCAACAAGUUGUGUUCGCACUGCUUGUCCCAAGUUGUCAAAAAGUUCGGAACAACUUGUUAACAACUUGUAAUAAGCUUGUUGAUAUUAUCAGACUUGUUGCAAGGUUGUUCCAACAAGUCCGAUACAGUCAUGAUAUAACAAUAUUGUUACAACCCUGUGUGGUCCAACAUAUAAAAUUCUUGUUAUAGUGUUAUAUCAUGACUGUAUCAGACUUGUUAGAACAACCUUGUAACAUUCUUGUUAUAUCAUGACUGUAUCAGACUUGUUAGAACAACCUUGUAACAUUCUUGUUAUAUCAUGACUGUAUCAGACUUGUCAGAACAACCUUGUAACAUUCUUGUUAUAUCAUGACUGUAUCAGACUUGUUAGAACAACCUUGUAUUACUUGUAACAUUCUUGUUAUAUCAUGACUGUAUCUGACUUGUUAGAAAAACCUUGUAACAUUCUUGUUAUAUCAUGACUGUAUCAGACUUCUUAGAAAAACCACCUUGUAACAUUCUUGUUAUAUCAUGACUGUAUCAGACUUCUUAGAACAACCUUGUAACAUUCUUGUUAUAUCAUGACUGUAUCAGACUUGUAAGAACAACCUUGUAACAUUCUUGUUAUAUCAUGACUGUAUCAGACUUGUUAGAACAACCUUGUAACAUUCUUGUUAUAUCAUGACUGUAUCAGACUUGUUAGAACAACCUUGUAACAUUCUUGUUAUAUCAUGACUGUAUCAGACUUGUUAGAACAACUUGUAACAUUCUUGUUAUAUCAUGACUGUAUCAGACUUGUUAGAACAACCUUGUAACAAGUUUGAUGAUGGUAUCAAGCUUGUUACAAGUUGUUAACAGUUUGUUCCAAACUUGUUACAACAACUGGGAACAAGUAGUGCGAACAUAACUUGUGGACAGCUUGUGAACAGAUUUGUAACAACUUGUUUGCAGACCUGUAACAACUUGUGCGUUUUUACGUGUGUAUCGUCUGCACGCAACAAGUUGUUAACAAGUUUAUGACAACAAGCUCGUAGCAACUUGUUAGUGAACAGCCUGUAUUAGUCUUGUUGGAACAACUUGUAGCAAGUUUGUUGGCUGACAGAAAACAUGAUAAAGGUUAUCGUAAAGAGUUAAAUACCAUUGAUUCAAAGAUUCAGUUCUUUUUUAAUUUUUAUUUAGCGUCUUCCCGGAAACUCCGCCAGUGAUGAGUUAUCCAGCUCUAUUUUUGACUCCGUAAUUCACGCGAGAUUCAUCAAAGUUUUCCCGAAAUCAUGGCAAGGCCAUCCAUGCUUGAAACUGGAGAUCUGUGGACACAGUAUGUGAUUUUCUCUCCAUCACUAUUUUAUUAUUGUCUAAACGAAAGAACUCCUAAUACUGUAAAGUAAUUCUUUUGAAAAAAUUGGUUCCCAUGGUUUGUUCUUGAGAUAUUUCAUUUUGUUUGAAACAUGUAAUUACUUCAUUUACUCAAUUACGUAUAUAAUACAUAUGUAAUGGGAUAACAGUAAAUGUUGUAUAUCUGUGUUAUUUUUUACGGAUUUUUUUAAAAAAAAGUAUGUAAAAUGAUAUAAGUUAAAUUAACAAAUGCCCCGCAUUUUUGGAAAGAUUUUGAUAAAAAAUAGCAAAGAUACACAACAAUUACUGAUAUCUCAUUAUAUAGGUAACUGAAUAAAUGACGUCACAUAAGAACAAAAAUCUCCAAAACAAGUUACUAUGCAGUUUUAAGAGCAUUUUCGUUCAGCAAAAUAAAAAUUUUAAUGACAGUGCCACUUUAAAUGAAAAUUAAACAACGCUUAUACUUGGUCUAUUUGUUCUAAACUGUUCUUGCAUUUCUCACAACCGUUCAUGUCUUAAAAUUGUACAUAUAUCUUUCACAGAGCUUCUUCCAGCUGCUCCAACAAAUUUCACGCUGCGCAGACUCACAGCAUAUACCGCUGACCUGACAUGGAUCAAGCCUGCGGACACAGGUGAUGGACAAUUUACACAUUAUCAAAUCAGUCUGCUCCGAGAUGGAAAACUGGACUCUAACAUAACAACUCAGACUGGAUCGUGGCAUUUUACUUCCUUGAGACCUUACACCAAGUAUUCUGUGGUAGUACAAGCUGGUAAUGAUCAUGGUUAUGGUCAGGAGACAGAGCUGACAUUUAGGACUAACUCAACAGGUACAAAUGGUUUGACCACUGAUCUUUUAAGUAAUUCAUUAAACUGGACAGUGCUUGCUAAAGGCUAGUCAUUUACAGUAACACUAACACCUUUAGAACUGAUAGAGCUAACCAGUAUAAAUAAAGUUAGUUUAGUUUAGGUUUCGUCCUGUAGUAACACUGGAUCAAUAAGAGAUGAUCCUUACUAGACCUCUAGGAAGAACAGUUUAGAACUGAUAGAGCUAUCCAGUAUAAAUAAAGUCAGUUUAGUUUAGGUUUCCUCCUGUAGUAACACUGGAUCAAUAAGAGAUGAUCCUUACUGGACCUCUAGGAAGAACAGUUUAGAAUUGAUUGAGCUAUCCAGUAUAAAUAAUGUUAGUUUAGUUUAGUUUAGGUUUCCUUAUGUAGUAACACUGGAUCAAUAAAAAGAUGAUCCUUGCUGGACCUCUAGGAAGAACAGUUUAGAACAGACAGAACUGUCUGGAUAUUCUGUUUAAUCUUUUUGAUUUUCUUAUUUCAGCCCCCACUGCUCCGCCAUUGGACAUCAAACUAUCACCGAUUAGUUCAACCUCGUUCAGUAUUUCCUGGAAAGCACCGCCGUCGUUUUAUCGAAAUGGAAUUAUAACCGGCUACGAAGUUUGUUUUGCCUGGGUGAAAUCAGAUGAACAUUGUGAUCGUAUCAUCAGAACUACAGCGACAAGUAUUCGCCUGGGUUACCUGUCGCCAGCCACUCAAUACAAGGUUAAAGUUCUGGCGAGAAACGACGCGGGGUCUGGACACUACAGUGAAGAAUAUUUUCAGAUUACUAAUGCAGGUAAAAAUAUCAAUAAGAGAUAAUCCUUACUGGACCUUUAGGGAGAACAGUUUAGAACUGAUAGAGUUAUUCGGUGUAAAUAAAGUUAGUUUAGUUUAGGUUUCUUCCUGCAGUAACACUGAAUCAAUAAGAGAUGAUCAGACAGUUUGGAACUGAUAGAGCUAUCCAGUAUAAAUAAAGUUAGUUUAGUUUAGGUUUCCUCCUGUAGUAACACUGGAUCAAUAAGAGAUGAUCCCUACUGGACGUCUAGGGAGAACUGUUUAGAAAUAAUAGAACUAUGCAGUAUAAAUAAAGUUAGUUUAGUGUCAAUGGUUUGAAUUUGAAAGCUAUGUGUAGAAAACCUCGUUAUUUUCUAAAUUUUAUGUAGAAGCUGCUGUCUGCAAUCGCUCAUCAAUCACAAGUGAAACGUUCGUUGUCAAACCACAAAAACCCAGAGAAGAAGUCAGGUAAGACACUACUGGUAAUAUCAGACUGUCUCUCUGUAGUUCAGUUGGUCAGAGCGCUGCACCGGAAUCGCAGGAUUGCAGAUUCGAUUCCUACCAGAGGCUCUGUAUAGUUGCAUUUUUCACAACUGUUCCUGGUGAGGUUUCAUAAAUAUGUAAAAUUCACACUCUAAUUCUCAUGAAGUACUAAAGUGAAUACUGUACUGAAUACUAUAGUGAAUACUAUACUAUACCGUACUGUUGUGAAGACUAAAGUGAACACUGUCGUAUUAAUUAUAAGUAAGAUCUAUUUCGCAACACCUUUGAGAAAAUAAUGUUAAUUCUCGUCAUUACACAGUAGUCUUGUAAACCUUCUUAAACAAUUACGUUUUAUAGAUUUUGCCAAGUGUUAGUACUUGCCUUAUCUUCAGACGAGAGUUUCCCUGGCGAACAUCUUUUCUCUGCUGAAGCUGUGACAUACCUUGAUGCAUCUGGUUCAUCUAUACCCUACAUCACCGCAGAGUUCCGAGCUUCGGAUUUUGACAAAUAUCAAGACUUUACUGUAGGAGACAGAGUGCUAUUUCCUGCACUUUCAAUGUUGAAUAACAAUAAUAGCCAAGCAAAGAAAUAUUUUAAUGGACCAUUGACGCCAAAUACUCGUUACACAGUGUUUCAGAGAUUUCUCUCGGAUAAGGUUGGUCUUCGCCUCCAGGAAUACAACUAUCCAGUAUAAAUAAAGUUAGUUUGGUCAAGGUUUCCUCGUGUAGUGACACUGGAUCAAUAUAAGAGAUGAUCCUUACUGGACCUCUAGGAAGAGCAGUUUAGAACUGAUAUAAUUAUCCAGUAUUAAUAUAGUUAGUUUAGUCUGGUCUAGUUUAGUCUAGUCUAGUCUAGGUUUCCUUCUAUAGUAACACUGGAUCAAUAAGAAAUUAUCUUUACUGGAUUUCUAGGGAAAACAGUUUAGAACUGAUAGAGCUAUCCAGUACAAAUAAAGUUAGUUUAGUUCAGGUUUCCUCCUGUAAUAACACUAGAUCAAUAAGAGACGAUUCUUACUGGACCUCUAAGAAGAACAGUUUAGAACUGAUAGAGCUAUCCAGUAUAAAUAAAGUUAGUUUAGUUUAGGUUUCCACCUGUAGUAACACUGGAUCAAUAAGAGAUGAUUCUUACUGGACCUCUAGGGAAAACAGUUUAGAACAGAUAGAGCUAUCCAGUAUAAAUAAAGUUAGUUUAGUUUAGGUUUCCUCCUGUAGUAACACUAGAUCAAUAAGAGAUGAUUCUUACUGGACCUCUAGGAAGAACAGUUUAGAACUGAUAGAGCUAUCCAGUAUAAAUAAAGUUAGUUUAAUUUAGGUUUCCUUCUUUAGCAACACUGGAUCAAUAAGAGAUGAUUCUUACUUGACCUCUAGGAAGAAUAGAUCGAGUUGAUUAAAACACUAAAAACUCUUUCUUUUAGAAACUGCUGUAUUCCUCCGACUUUCUUGCUCCUGUCAAAACAAGUGAAGUUAAAACGCCUAAUACUAGUUUUCAAGGUAUAAAAAUAAUAUUUUCUAUAGAUGCGUUUCACAAAGCACUAUCGUGCGGCAGAUGGUGGUCAACCCGCAGUUAUCAGAGUGAGAAACGAAAGUAAAUAUAUAGUACUUGUUUUUGGAAGCAAGAGCAUAGAAACGUACUUUAACUUUCUUCUUGCAUGCUAAAGGUUGACUGUCAUCUGCUGUCUGCAACGUUUACUGAAACCACCAAUUGUUAUAAAUUAUGCUCAGAAGUAAUUGACUUGUGUUUUACUAUCAUAUAAUGUUUAUUUGGCUCUACAUUUCAGCACAAUGCGUUAGUUCAGUGACAACGUUCAAAAUUCCUUUCGUAAUCAUGACCGUAUUCUUGUGCGUUUUACUCUUCAUUAUCGCUUGUUACUUCGUACUAAAAUGGCGACGACGACAACAUGAAACAGGAAAGACUAAAGACAAAACAAAACGCGCCACAACGGAUGAAAAGAUUCCGAUGAACGACAAAAAAGACAAUAAUAAUGAACUAACAACAGCUUAGGAUUACUUUUGCACAUGUAAUGCACGCGUAAAAUAAUUUCAUAACUUGUCAACAAGAUGUGUUCGCAGCAAACUUGUGGAAAGCUUGUCAACAAGUUGUAAAAAUGUUGUUUAUCAAGUUGCUACAAGGUUGCCACUCGCAACUUGUUAACAAAUUGUUGAAUUGCAGGACGAUAACAAGUUGUUGGAACAACUUUUAAAGUUUACCUAACCUUAAUUAUUUUAGCAUCUCAUUCCUAAGAACCUUUGAAAUGAUAUUGUAACUUAUUUUGAAGAUUUUCGUUUGCACACUUAUUAUUUCAGAGUUAUUUCAGUUCUAUUGGUAUGCAAAUGUCCGGAAUUUACGUCACAUCUGAAUAAUGACUGCAUGAUCAAAGAAUGUAAUCUACAGUUAAAUAUCGUGAAAUAGAAGGGCCAAAUUGUGUUUGACAUAGGUAUGUAAUCCUCCCACAACUCCAAACUUUAUUUUAAUAAAUUAAACUCGAUAGUGAAUACGAUAAACAACCUUUUACUUUAAAUCAUUAUGCAUUUAUGACGUAAAUUCCGGAUUUGCAUACCAAACAAACUGAAAUAUCUCAGAAACAAAGUGAGCAAACGAAAAUAUUCAAAAUAUCAUUUCAGAAGUUCUUAAGAAUGAGAUGAUAAAAUAAUUGAGGUUAGUUGCACUUUAACAAGUCUGUUGUUCCAACAACAUUGUAGCAAUUCGUCAAAAAAAAAAGCUGGGAACAAGCAGCGUACACACAUCCUGAUAAUGCCAUCAAGCUUGUUGCAACUUGUUAACAACUUGUUCGAAUCUUGUUACAACAACUGGGAACAAGCAGUGUGAACACAACUUGUCGACAGCUUGUGAAUAGAUUUGUAACAACUUGUGCGUUUUUAUGCGUGUACACGCGUAAAUAUCUCGCAUCUUGUAACAAAUCUAUCAACAAGCCGUCAACAAGUUGUGUUCGCACUGCUUGUCCCAAGUUGUCAACAAGUAUGGGACAAGCUGUUAACAACUUGUAACAACCUUGUUGAUAUUAUCAGACUUGUUGCAAGGUUGUUCCAACAAGUCCGAUACAGUCAUGAUAUAACAAUAUUGUUACAACCUUGUGUCGUCAACCUCGUAACAUUUUUGUUAUAUCAUGACUAUAUCAGAACAAAUUGUUAGAACAACCUUGUAACAAGUCUGAUAAUCCCAUCAAGCUUGUUACAAGUUGUUAACAGCUUGUUCCAAAUUUGUUACAACAAACUGGGAACAAGCAGUGCGAACACAACUUGUCGACAGCUUGUGAACAGAUUUGCAACAACUUGGGAAACAACCUUGUAACAAGUCUGUUGCUGGUUUACAACAACUUGCUAACAAGCUGGAAACAAGCAAUUCGAACACAUUAAUAUGAUUUCACAGUCAGUAUAACUUGACUGCACUUCGCACUGAAAGUAAUAUAUUAAACUUUAAUUAAACCACGAAAAUGUUUGUGAAAUUAUGUAUCAAAACUAUUGGAGACCACAAAUAGAUGUUGAAGGUUUGUCAUGGUAUUAUAUUUUUCCGUUGAGCAAGAUACCAAAAAUGUAUCCCAAAGGUCACGGGUUCGAUUCCCACCGUGGUCAGGCAAACUUUUCAGCUUGCCCGGUGUCGAUGCACACUCAGAGUGACAUCACAAACAUCAUAUUCACCUGAGUACAUUACACCAACACACAUAAAAAUCAAUAUGUUAUUUGUUCCUUUCUGCUACCCAUAGUACCGCCAAGUUACCCACCGCGAGAUAUUCAAUUAAACGUCGAAAGUUCAACGGCUAUCAAUAUUUCCUGGAAAGCACCAAUUCUCGAAAACACUCUUCGCACAACAGGUUACCAAAUUUGUAUUGCGCAUGUGCAAUCAGAUGAAGAAUGUGAGGUGAUUUUGAGGACGAAAGCUUCCACAUUCGUUGCGAGUGGUUUAAUGCCAGCCAGGAAAUACAAAGUUAGGGUCUCGGCGAAGAAUAAAGUUGGAUACGGGAAAUAUAGCAAGGAUUAUAUUACGUUAACCAAUUCAGGCAAGUAG